AUGGGCGACCACGUUCUCUUCUUCUACGGUAUGUCGCUCUUCAAAGAGGCCAACGCAAAAGCUAAAAGCAACCCAGGGACCCUCAUGGCACCGCAAAUCCUCCACAAAGUAAUCCACGGCAAGGCCAACCCAGAACCCUGGCAAAAAGCCAUGCUCCGGUUCCAACCCGCCAUUUUACACGGGUAUCGACGACAUCGCGUGCAAGAUGCCGAUUAUCCUGGGAUUGUGGCAGUUCCAGAGCCACAAAGUGACUCUCGGAACGCUGGAACAUCAGUCAUGGGAACCCUCGUGUCGGGAUUAACAGACGGCGACAUCCACCGACUGGAUAGGUUCGAGGGUUCAGAGUAUGAGAAGAAACAGGUGAAUGUGCGCACGUUGCGGGAAGCGCGCAGUAACGAGCAUAAACAUGCUGGUGAGGGGGUUAGUGAUGAGAGUCAACUGCGCAAAAUGCUUGAUAAGACGAGUACUGAGGUUGCUGAUGAGGGGGAGGAAGUUUCGGCAGUGACUUAUGUGUAUACUGCUGGGAAGGAUAUGCUUGAGGAUGCGGAGUGGGACUUCGAGUCAUUUAAGAGGGAUAAGAUGGCGUGGUGGGUUAGGGCGAAUGAAAGUGAGUGGUAG